GGGCUCUCUGCUGGGGGGACCCUUUGGUUGCCACAACCUCCACCCUACCCAAACCCCAACUUCUCCUUCCCUUGGCUAGGAGCUAACACCAACCCUCCACUGCUGGACUGGUGGUCCACAGUGGGGGAGCAGCCACUUCUCUUCCCAGGGAGUUGGGGGAAGGGAACUGAAAGCAGAAGUCUAACUUCCAUGCCUAAGAAAAGCACGUACUGUGGGGCCCAACUCUGUUUUGAAUUCUCUCUCCCCCUUCUCUCCCCAGAGUCUCAGAAAUUAAGCAGCCUUCGCUCUUCUGGGACCUGCACGCUUUCGUUCUGUCUUCUCUUGUCAAUCCUCGAUCACAUUCUGUAUUUUAAGAGGCGAUACAGUGGAAAGAAAGCAGAGGACUGAGGGCUAGCAGUGUCGCUAUCAUCCGGGCUCCCCUGCUAACUGGCUGCCACCUCCCUUUGUGGGCCUCCGUCUGCCGAAGGCUUCUAAUACCCUGGGCGGUUUGUGACUCCAGAGCUUCCCUCCUCAGGCCUGAGAUCUGAGGUCAGGGAGCAGUGAGCACAGGAGCCAAUUGGGCCACCGGGCCCCAUGGACCUGCCCCCGCAGCUCUCCUUUGCCCUCUACGUGGCCGCCUUUGCACUGGGCUUCCCACUCAAUGUCCUGGCCAUUGGGGGCGCCGUGGCCCACGCCCGGCUCCGCCUCACUCCCAGCCUUGUCUAUGCCCUCCACCUGGGCUGCUCAGACCUAUUGCUGGCGGCUUCUCUUCCCCUGAAGGCGGUGGAGGCCCUGGCUGCGGGAGCCUGGCCUCUGCCGGCCCCGCUCUGUCCUGCCUUUGCCCUGGCCCACUUUGCUCCGCUCUAUGCGGGUGGCGGCUUCCUGGCUGCCCUGAGUGCUGGCCGUUACCUAGGAGCCGCCUUCCCCUUGGGCUACCAAGCUGUUAGGAGGCCCUGCUAUUCCUGGGGCGUGUGUGUGGCCAUAUGGGCCCUUGUCCUCUGUCACCUGGGGCUGGUCUUUGGGUUGGAGGCUCCGGGAGGCUGGAUGGACAAUACCACCAGCUCCCUAGGCAUCAACACACCAGUCAAUGGCUCUCCAGUCUGCUUGGAGGCCUGGGACCCAGCCUCAGCAGGCCCUGCUCGCCUCAGCCUCUCUCUCCUGCUCUUCUUUCUGCCCCUGACCAUCACAGCCUUCUGCUACGUGGGCUGCCUCCGGGCACUGGCCAGCUCAGGCCUGAGUCACAGACGGAAACUAAGAGCAGCGUGGGUGGCUGGCGGGGCACUGCUCACACUGCUGCUCUGCUUGGGACCCUACAAUGCCUCCAAUGUGGCUGGCUUCUUGCAACCCGACAUGGGAGGCCGCUGGAGGAAGCUGGGGCUCCUCACAGGUGCUUGGAGCGUGGUGCUCAACCCAUUGGUGACCGGCUACUUGGGAAGGGGGAUUGGCCGGGGGACAUCAUGUGGGACAAGAAUCAAAGGGGGUACAUCUCAGAAGUAGUAGCCUCUGCUGGGGGGCAGGAACAU